AUGAAAGCCUUCACUCACCUCAGUCUUCUUGCCCUCCUGCUUUCUCUAACCUCAGGUGUUACUACAGCUUCUACCAUCAACACGAGCGAUCUUACUUCUACCACAGACACUGCUACUCCUACCGCCACCACAAGCGCAACUACUUCUACCACAGACACUACUACUCCUACCACCGUCACGAGCGCAACUACUUCUACCACAGUAACUACUACUCCUACCACCACCACGAGCGCAACUACUUCUACCACAGACACUGCUACUCCUACCACCGUCACGAGCGCAACUACUUCUACCACAGUAACUACUACUCCUACCACCACCACGAGCGCAACUACUUCUACCACAGACACUGCUACUCCUACCACCGUCACGAGCGCAACUACUUCUACCACAGUAACUACUACUCCUACCACCACCACGAGCUCUCCUACUUCUACCACAGUAACUACUACUCCUACCACCACCACGAGCUCUCCUACUUCUACCACAGUAACUACUACUCCUACCACCACCACGAGCGCUCCUACUUCUACCACAGAAACUGCUACUCCCACCACCACCACGAGUGCUCCUACUUCUACCACAGACACUACUACUCCUACCACCAAAACGAGUACCCCUACUCCCUCCACAAGUACCCCAGGUCCCAGCAAACCUUGCCAAGUGGAUCCCUGUGAGGGUGGUUCUUCAUGUGUUAAUCUGCAUGAUAGACGUUUUUGCCUGUGUUCAGAAGGGUAUUACUAUAACUCUUCUACAUGCAAUAAAGGAAAGAUAUUCCCUGGUACAAUUACAGUCAAAAUAUCAUCUACAUCCAGCUUGGAAGACGAAAAUUCUGUGGCUUAUCAGGAAUUAUACCUUAAAAUUACUACAUUUUUUAAAAAUGCAUUUAACAAUACUGAUUACGGACAGACUGUAAUUGGUAAAUUAAGCACAUCUCCUUCAGCAAGAUCUGAAAUUCGUACUGUUGACGUAGCAGUAGUAAACAUUUUUACAGAAACUACAGAAGAAACUGAAGAAAACAUAUCACGUACCAUUAAAAAUGCAAUUGAAAACAGCACAACUGAGUUUACAGGAUACAUCAAGCAAGAUCGGUGUAAGUAUUAUGGUUGUGAGAAAAGGAAUGAGCAAGAUGACUGCACCAGUGGUUUACUAUGUCAGUGCAAACCGGGGCUGCAGAGACCGAGCCCACAGAUCCCUCUGUGUGUUGCUUUGGAUCCAAAGUGUCCUGGUAACUGCAACACAGAGAACAAGAGGCAAUGCCUAGUGAAGAACAGAGGGGAAGCUAAAUGCGUGUGCCUGCCAGGCUACAAGGAAGAUAAUCGUGGGAUCUGUCAACCGUGUGCGUUUGGCUACAGCGGAGUUGAUUGUGAAGACUCAUUUCAGCUGAUCCUCACGAUCGUGGGCACCAUUGCUGGCAUCCUCAUUCUCGGCAUGGUGAUUGCACUCAUCUUCUCAGUGAGAUCAAAGAACAAAAGCAGGAAUGUGGAAGAAGAGAACUUGAUUGAGAACGAUUUUCGAAAUCUGAAACUGCGGGAGACCGGCUUUAGCAAUCUAGGAGCAGAUGGGAGCAUCUUCCCUAAGAUCAGGGUGAACCUACCCAAAGAGAGUCAGCCACAGAAUCCCUACAUAGUCCAGGGUGGUCUACCCCGCGCAGACUAUUAGAACGGUAAAAAUUAGGAACCAUCCACCCCUCAACCCAACAUAUGAGCUUUUGUUUUGAGUGUUUCAAAGACUGAUGGAGAAGGGAGCAGCCAUGAAGAUCUGGCCUUCGGUAUUUCCCUUCCAUCCAGCCUCUCUGAAUGGGAGUUGUGACUGUUUGCAAUGAAUACAGCUUGUUUGCUAACUAAGUACCUAUGAAAUUAAAUGCACAUAGAUGCUAUUAGUAAGCAUCUAUACUUAAGAUAGUUGAUUUACUCCAAUCAGUACAAUGGUUAGGUUUGUUUUUCCUGGCUGUGCAACAGUAAUCAUUCUAUCUAUCUAGAGGGAAGCUCCCCAGGAUUUUUCACUCCUGAAAGAGUCUAGAAGACUGUUGCUUUGAGUUGAUACCCUGUAGAUAAUUGACGUAUUCUGGGAGACUCUUACAUAUCAGCUGUGGACGUCCCAGGAGAUGGGAGGAGAUACCAUCCUUGAAGAUGCUCAGGUUCAUUCUCUGGCAAGUUAAAACAGGGAAGCUGGGGCUUCCCUGGUGGCGCAGUGGUUAAGAA